CUAGUCUUUUGCAGAACACCAUUUCACAAUCUUCUGAAGAAGAAAGGCAAAGGCUUCAGCUUCCAGGGCCAAAGGCAAAGGCUUCCAGGGAAAAUAAAAAGGAUUUAUUCUUUGUGCGAGUGUGUGAAGGGACACUAUUUUAUUGCAAGCCAUAAGCCCUCUCUCGCUCCAGCGAGGAGACAAGACUGAAGAUCUGAAGCCUCUCGUGCCUUUGGCGAUUGGAGGCUGCGGCAUUUGAGGUGGUCAGGAUGAGCAAGGAGGACGUCCUCAAGGUGCAGACAUGCGUGCUGAAAGUGAAUAUCCACUGUGAUGGGUGCGAGAAGAAGGUCAAGAAGAUCCUCCACAAGAUCGAUGGUGUGUACCAAAGCAGUGUAGAUGCGGAGCAGGGGAAGGUGACGGUGUCCGGCCUGAUGGAUCCGGACACCGUCAUCAAGAAGCUGAACAAGGCUGGCAAGCCCGCCCAGCUGUGGGGCGCCAAGCCUGGCUUGGUAAGCCAGGUCCAAAAGCUCCAGCUCGGCGGCGGCGGCAAGGGCCAGCAGCCGAAGGAUGCCGGCGGCAAGGGGCAGCCCAAGGAUGCCGGUGGCAAGGGCCAGCCCAAGGGUGGAGCGGGUGCUGGAAACGGCGCCGGUGGAGGCGGAGGUGGCGCGAAAGAUGCAAAGAUGGCGAUGCCGCAGCCGACUCCGCAGCAGCUUCAGCAACUGCAGCAGCUGCACCAGCAGAUGCAGAUGAAGGGGAUGAAGCUUCCUCCGCAGCUCAUGGGCAUGGGCGGCAAGAUGCCGUUCCCCGCGGCCGCGCCAGCGGCGGCGAAGGACCCCAAGGCCGUCAAGUUCAACGUUCCCGAGGACGACGAGUUCGGGGACGACGGCAGCGAGUUCGAUGAUGAGUUCGACGACGACUUCGACGACGAGGAUUUCGAGGACGAGGGCCUCGACGACGACUGGUACGACGACCCCAAGAUGAUGGCAAAGCCCAUGCCAAUGCCGAUGGGCGCCGGCGGGGGCGACAAGAAGGGAGCCAACGGCGGCGGCGGCGGCAAGAAGGGUGGCGGCGGGAACGAGAUCCCGGUGCAGAUCAAGGGGAGCGCCAAUAACGGCGGCAAGAAGGACUCUGGCGCCAAGCAGAACCAGGGCGGCGGAGGCGGAAACAGCAAGAACGGUGGCGGAGCGCAUCCGCCGCAGAACGGCAAGGGCGGCGGGAACCAGCCUGGCCAGGCCAAGAAGGGCGGUGGCGCCGGUGGUCCACCCGCCGGCGUUGGCGGCCCGAUGAUGGGCGGCAUGCCGCCGCCGCAGCAGCCGGGCAUGAUGAUGAGGCCGCCGAACAUGAUGGGCGGCGCCGGUUUCCCCGGUAUGGGCCAGAUGGGCGGCAUGCCGAUGGGCCACCCCCACAUGGGUGCCAAUGGCAUGCAGCCGGCCGGUGGCAGUGCCGCCGCGCACGGCAUGCCGGCCGGCGGCAUGAUGCCUGGGGCUGGGUUCUAUCCUGGCGGUUCUGGCGGCGGCGGCAUGCCGUCCGGGCCGGAGAUGAUGCAGGCGGCUGGGAACCCCAUGGCGCAGCAGCAGUACAUGUCCAUGAUGGCGCAGCAGCAACAGCCACAGAUGAUGAUGAAUGGCCAUGGUCCUCACGGUCACCACGGCCACCACGUCCAUGGCGGCGCCGGUUACCCACCGAUGGGGUACGGGUACGGGUACGGCCGCCCGGCGAUGCCCUACCCGCCGCCGAUGUACUACCCUCAGCCGCACCCCCAUGACAACAUGUUCAGCGACGAGAACCCCAACAGCUGCUCGAUGAUGUGAGGCACGGUCGCCGGCGCCUGCCAAGCUUUCUCCUGCUGAUGCCUUGGACAAAGCAGUGAACCCACCCAACCGGAAGGAGGGGAGCGCAGGCCACACACAGGUGGUCAUCGAUCGGUCAGCGUCGUCACCAUGGUCGAAAUAACAACCUGGAUCAGUCAGUCAGUAUACAUGAGAAGCUAGUACCAGCUAGAAUCGCUCCCCCUUUUUUUUCUUUUUCUUUCCUUUUUAUUUUCUAGCUUAUUUUCACCUUUUUCUUGCUUUGGACAAAAAAAAAAGCAACUUCCUUGAAGUGGAAGGUAGGUAUAGUAAUUAUGAAUAGUGGUCAUAAGAGAUGAUGGUGCUUUACAGAUGGUGAUGCUGCUGGGCGGCUUCCCUUCUUGCUCCAUAUUGUGAUGGUAGAAGAAUGUGCAAAACAAGGUUAAUCUCAAUGUGCCAUUUCCCUGUGCUUUGGAUGCAUGAAUGAAUGGAUGGUCAAGCUGCA